AUGGCUGGAGUCAACAGAUUCCGGUCAGUAUCAUUGACGCAACAGCUACCUAUAACGAGUGUUAAAAACUCGAAAUCAGACUCAUUUAACAAUAGUGUAGACGAAUUGGUGGCAUUUCUAGGUAGCCUUCAACUGAUAAAACGCGAAAUAGAUAGAGAGUUGUUGCAGGCAACAACCAAAAGAGACAAUGGAAAAGCAGAGAGUGAUUCUGUAUAUACACAUAACUUGAAGAUAAGACUUAAAGAAGUCAAUGCAUCUAUUGGUCAAUUGGAGAAAAGAUUGAAAGUUUUGUACCAAGUCAACCAACUGCUGGAUCAAACAGCUAUACCUCCAGUCUCCACUCCUUCUCCUCUGUCACAAGAGAAGCCUGAAAUUAUUGUCCCUGUACGAUCGUCCCAAAAGACAUCUGAGCAAAGCUCCCCCAUAGUCUCGAGAUCAAGAAGCAAUACAGCAUCCACUUUCAGCUCUGGUGAGAACGCCAUACAUUCGAUAGAUAGCAUCAAGUUUACGAAUGUCCCGGUACAACAACAGCAACAACACUUACAGUUGCAACAGCAGCAUCCUCAGUAUCAACCACAAAUUUUGCAACAACAACAUCAAUUACAGUUUCAAGCACCGCAGCAGCAGCAACAACAACUACCGAACGUGUACUCAUCUACAUUCACUUCAAAUUCCUUGCAGUCACCUUCUCCCUUUCUACGCAGAAUCAACUCCUCUAAUUCAGUUACAGGUACGACUGCUGCUGAACCGUUUCCUGUGCCACCCCUGAUUCCUAACCUAACUAGUGGAAAUUCCCCUAGCUCCAAGCAUUCGUCAUUAGAAAACUUACAUUAUACUCGCAACAGAAAUAUAUCGGGAGAUUCUCCUAUUGCAGACGAAAAAUUUCACGAAGGUUACGAAAGUAGUCCGACCUGGUUAUUGAGUGACAUCUUACAGUCCUUAAGUGCAAAUAAAGAUCACGAUGAAUAUUUCCUCGUAUCUAGAGGUAAUGACCUUGUUAUGUUGUUUUCACAGUACCCUAAAUUAAAGAAAGACCUUGUUCUUAAGACUUUUAUUAGCAAAAUCUUGUUCAUGUUAUGCCAUCAGGUUCUGGAGGUUAGGGCUACAGGGUAUAGAAUAGCAAGGUAUAUCAUAUCCGAUUAUGACUCCUUAACUAACUUGGUCCAAUCUAAAAUUUUGAUUUUCAUCAUCAUAACCAUGUCAAGAUUAAAUUGUGAUGUCGAAAAGGAACAAGCCUUAAAACUUGUUAGAGAGUUCAUAAACAUCCCCAAAGGUGCCAACAACUUAUCCAUUGGGGUGAUUAAAAGUAUCCUAGCCAUAAUCGAGAAUGAAGACCUGGAUCCCAAUGUAGACGAUGAACAAAAGCUUCAAUGCUUUAAAAAUGUUUGUAUAGAGACUAUACUUGAGAUUGCGUUGAUUAAGACGGAGCUAGUUUUCCUUAGUGGUGGGUUCUCUGUACUAUUCCAAACAAUUAAGGAUGGUCCAUCAGAUUUGGCUAUGAAUUGCAUAUUAUGCUUCUCUCAGAUAUUAGAUUCAAGGGAUACCAGGGUGUUCUUGAGAGAUGGUUUUGAUCUCUCUGGACUUAUCACUAUAUUUUCUGACAUCGAAACCGAAGAACCAUCACCAUCCACGUUAAACGAUACAGAGAGAAAAUUGAAUAAUGACAUAGUCCAGCUGCAACAGCUUAAUUCAAGUAACCAUUCAAAAAGUGACGUGAAGUCGAUACAUAAACUUAGAAGAGCUGCCUUUUUGGUCUGUCUUUUCCUCAAAAAUUGGAAUGGUAUCAUGGCAUUUGCACAGCAAGAUUUCCAAUCGUGGAGAGUAUUAGUCUCCACAUUAACUCGCCCGCAUAACAAAAUCAGAGAUGUUGUAUUGGAUAUAUUUUUCGAUAUUCUAAGGAUCAAACCAUUACCUUGGGUGAAAAAUAGCCCCAUUGGAGAAACUUUGAUGAAAUUUCAAAAAGUUUCAGGAUACAGUUCAGGAAGCUUUACGAAGUAUCUGGAAUUGGAGAGCAAUACCUUGGAGUAUUCGAUUAUUAACCAUUAUAUUGGCUUGUUAUUGGAUAUAUUGGUUAAUAAAUGUAAUAUCAUGCACAUCUUACUGUCGGUUAUUGAAGAGAAUUUAAAUCCAGAAACAACUAAAAAGGCAACUGAGUUAUCUAAAAACAUCUACAUGCUAUCAUACUCACUAUUCCCUAAAGAACUUUUAAAUUCCAAGAGCUUAUUGCCCAAUGACUACGUCUCUAUAGGCACCAACAUAACUACAAAUACUAUGAUUGUUCUGGAUCAUACAGAUUCCUUCACCCCUACUUUCGUUUCAUCAAGAGACAAAUUGAAUGACAUUAGAAAACAUAUGCAUAAUAUGGCAAUAGAUUCCAGAUAUAAUAUGGAGGAGUCGGAUCUAAAGGAUAAAAUCGCAAGAAGUAAAGUUUUGACAGUUAAAGAGUAUGAAGAAUGGAAUUGGACUCAGCUAUCAGAGAUUAUCCAAGGUCCAUUAAGAAAUCCCAAGAAAUUUGAAGACAUAGUGAAGAAUGUACCGAAAUUCUUGAAAAGGAUUAUGUCAUUCUACAGACCUUUCAAGUUUAGAUUUUGCAAUACGAUGAUAAAGCCUACUUCUUCAAAAAAAUUGAAAGGAGAUAACAUUCCUUCGACACACAUUUAUGUAACAGUUGGCUGCCAACUAUUCGAGGCAUUAUUAAGCACUGAUGAAGGUAUUAAAUACUUAUCCUCAAAUAAGAUUUUAGCUCAAUUGUCUGAAACUUUUGCUCAAGUUGAUCCAUUUAGUGGAAUAGAAGCAAAGGAACCUAUUUUAUCAAGGAAGAGACUAAGGAGAACCUUAAGUUAUGGGUACAUUGAUUUUGUUGGUACGUUAUCCAAAGAUGCACGCGGUUUGAAAAUCUUGAAUCAAUGGCAAUUCUUCACAAUGUUUCAUCAUAUUCUUGAAGGAAGUGUGUUAAACAUAGGCAAAAUAACUGAUAAAUUGAAGAAGAAAUCUCUUGCAAAUGCUAAUGCUUCUAACGACGCUGAUAUAAAUGACUCCAGUUAUAACUAUAAUCAUUCGCAAUUCUUGAUUAUCUUAUUAUUAAGCAAAUUAGAUUUUACCAUAGACAGCCCUUUAAGAAUCAUCUUAUCAAAGGCGCUAAGUAUUUGUACCUUGGAAAUCAAAAUUUUUAUCAUUGAAACUGUAUUGAUCGAUAAAUUGAUCAAAGUUCCAGAGUGUGAAAAAUGGGUUAUUAAAAUGCUUGUUCAAAGGUUAUAUGAUACUAAUGAAGUAAUUAGAACCCUUGUGAUUGAUACUUUAUAUACAUUUUGCAAUAUUUCUGUGGAUAACUUGAAGUACGUCAUUCUGUUAAAACCCUCAAUUGGUAUCUUGAAGAAGAGUACUGAAGGUAAUAGAGGAAUCCACAAGGGUGAGUCCAUAAUUAUGUUGUUUCUUUCAACCUCUCAAGGCUUCAAAUACUUGGAUGAUAUUGGUUAUAUUGACCAAGAAUUUAGCGAAUGUGUUGAUCGCAAAAAUAAAGAGUACGCUAUUAAGGUUUCCUUCAAGCUUGAGGAGACCCUUUUCCCAUACAUUUUAAGAUCUAAGAAUUGGGUUACCAAUAGGAAUACAAAAGGAGAUUUGGGAAAUGAGAUUGAGCCUAUGCCCAUGCAUUUCUUUUCACAUCUUUUGCAAACUGAAGAAGGUCUUUUAUAUUUCCAACAAUAUCAGAACAAACAGUAUUUAGAUAAUUUGAUUUCAGAUACCAAUUUGAUCAAAAUCGAAAUCGAAAGUCGAUAUAACGGUGUGGAUGCUCCACUUCAAUUAGAUGAUGAAUCAUUGCUAAAUCAAGUUCAGUCGAUGCUAUUUACUUUGAAAGAGAACCUUUGGAUUUUGGGGAACAUUGCUGGUUCCAAGUAUGGGAUUCAGCUUUUGGACCCUGAAUACAGUAGAACUUUGUCAGUUCCAAUAAUUCCGAUAAUAAUUGAUUUGGUUUCUAAUUUCCCAUUCUGGCAUGUUAGAGGUGUUGCGUUGUAUCAGCUAGGUCGAAUUGCAUCGACGGUUGAAGGUACUGAAAUUUUGGAUGAGUUGAAUUGGAUUCUGACUUUUGAUAGAUUUGAUAAGCCGAAAAGCAUUUGCUUCCCUAACGGUGAAAAUAGACUAAAGAAUAUGUUCAAUGUUGAGGUAACAAAUCCAUAUAAGGAUAUUAAGUACUACACUAUAUUUGGAGUGGACGGAUCAACCAAUGUCACGGAGGGUGGAGUUGGAGAUGGAGCUAUGAAUCUUUAUCGCAAUAACAAUGGUGGUAUGGUGGGUUAUGUUGAUGGCUUAGAUGAUUAUGAGCUAUUUGACCAAUCUGUAGCUGUCAAUGAUAAUAACAUCGACAGUACAUACUUGAGCGAAGAAGAUAUCCAAAAGUACCAAAAUCGGGUUUUAACUUUAAUCAUAUAUCUCAGUGCAAUUUUAGGUAGAAUAGAGAGGAAAGCAACUAAGGAAUUAGUCUCAUUGAAGCAGAGCUUUCCAGAAUUAUUUGCCAGUCCUAGUUUCUUUUCUAAAGUCAUCAAAUUGAUUGAUAAAGGGAAGUACAAAUUAAGAGUGAGAAGAAUUGUGUUCAACAUGUUCUUAGAUUCAAGAAUUCUUGAAAAUUUGGUGAAGAAGCAUAAAAAGAGAUGA